GCUUACCCCGCACCAUGUGCUCUAGUUCCUUCCACUCCCUAUGAGGAAGUGUUCACUGAGGUGGAGGGAUCUUUCUGUUGUAGGAGCACAGACUUGUCACGCUGUACAGUAGCGGUGUCGCUGAGAGGUCCCUGCGUUUGCGAUGUCAGGGUUUCGACUAGAGGCUGUGGGAGGCGGCGAGUGCGUGUCACUCCCCAAGGGUGAGACCAUGAUAGGCAGAGGCCCGUUCCUUACUAUUUCAGACAAAAGAGUAUCCAGAAGUCAUGCUUUGCUGGAGGUGGUGGAUGGCAAGCUGCGCAUUAAGCCGGUGCAUGUGAAUCCCUGUUUUUAUCAAGGUCCUGGUGGAAACACAUUUAUUCCUUUGGAAAAAGACAAAUGGCAUUGGUUACACUCUGGGGACUGUUUUUCUCUUUUGCCAGAUAAAUAUACAUUCAAAGUCAUUGCUGACACUUCUACAGAGGAGAGUACUGAAAGAAAUGUUCAUAUCACCAACAAGACGAGUGAAAUAGCUGAUAAUCCCAGCUGCUCUUUGGAUACUACUAAAACAAGAGAUGAGGAACCUUCUUGCUCAGCCUGGGGUGCUAAGAAACCUUACCCAAAUCCUGCUUCAGAUGCUCAAGGUGAGAAGACCAAAUCCCUGCUAAACAGUCAGUUAUUUUCUGCGGACAAUAAAAUAUCAUCUGAAAUGGCCAGUUUUGUACAAAGGAAACGGGUUCUCCCAGACUGGAUGUUACAUGAUGAUCUUGAGAUUAAGAGUCUGUCUUCCCCUACAAGUAAAGCAGGAAAAAAGAAGAGGAUUGGAAGAGAAAAAACCAUAACCACAAGCAAUGCAGACAGAAGUAUAUCAAGUAACAAAUGUUUGGCACCCUCCUCUAUUAAGGAACCUCAAGAAGAAGCUUGUGUAACAAAGAAGGGUACUCUUGAAUCACAGGUCUCGCCUGGAACAUUGUGUACAGGUUUGCUGACCAAAACCCCGAGUGAGAAGUCAAAUGAUGACGAUAAAAAUAAUUGUUUGGAUGUUGAGAGCAAUCAGAAUAUUAAAGAAGUGACAAAUAGGUAUAGUGAAAAUAGACAAUCUAAUAGUACUUCAGUUAAGCAAAUUAAGGCAUCGACGUCAAAAACAUCCCACAACGAUGAUCUCAGUCUAAGCCCAGAAGAAGAUGAAUCAUCUGAAAAGGCAAAUUUCAAUGGCGGCCAUGAAGCUGUAAACAGGAGAACACCUUGUAUGUAUGGAGAAAAUUGCUACAGAAAAAACCCUGCCCAUUUUGAAGAGUUUUGUCACCCCGGAGACCGUGAUUACGAUAACACUGAGAAGGGAAGUCAAGAUGACAGUGAUGAAAGACCAGAGUGCCCGUAUGGCACAGACUGUUACAGGAAAAAUCCACAGCACAAAUUAGAAUAUAAACACACCAAACCUCCAGGAAAAGGGGGUAGAAGGUUAAGGAAAAGGCCAGCAAAGAAAGGAAAAAGUGUUUUGGAUGAUGACAGCGAUAAUGAUGGAGAUCCCAACGAAUAUGACUUGGAGGACAGCUUCCUAGAUGAUGAUGAGGAGGAGGAUUUUGACAAUACUGAUGAAGACUCUGACUGGAUGCCAGAUUCAGAGGAAAAAGACACUGAAGAUAUGAAAUUGCUUGUAAAGGAAGCUAAAAAAUUUGUUAAAGGGAAACAUUAAAUAGGAAUGAAUAUGUUCCACCUAGCUGUCACCUUCAGCCCCAGUAGUGGCAACUGUACCUUUAGUACAACUCUAACUGAUUUAUCGUAUCAGUGAGGAAAGCUUCCUGCCAUGGUAGCCAUGGUAGCCAUGGCCAUAAGGGCUACUGGUUUGAUACACUGAAAAAUAAAGCAUUAACUAUGGCAAACAUGAGCCAAUCUCCUUCGUGAAGAAAAUAUGAGGACAUUCAAAAACAAUGGAGUUUAAUUCUAUUUUGAAUAUAAUUUUGCAAGCAAUAUGUUUCUAACAGAAUACAAUAAUUACAUUUUAAGAGUUUUAAAUUUCAGCUUGGGUUCAUGCAUUAUCAGAAUUUUGCUUUGCAUAUAAUUAUAUUUACAGUAUAUAUUUGUACAUUAUUUUGUAUUGUACUGUAUAGCAAAUUCUCCUAUGGGCAAAGCAUUAAACCUUGAAAUAAGAACAUAA